ACACCCCUUCUAUCAGCGCAGCAAAAGAGCCUUAAUGGACAAAGCAGCCAUCGCAUGGGUGUACUAAUCCCAUUGGGUUGGCAUGGCUACUGCUCAUCCCAACUUUGUUGACAAACUGGAAGACACAUCUUCUGCAGAGUGCCGUGUUGUUGCCGAUGGAUACUGUAUUACGAGCCGCGGGCCAGGAACCGCUAUGGAGUACGCCCUUGCAAUAGUGGAGCGCCUCUUUGGAAAAGAAAGAGCCGAUGCAGUCGCCAAGCCUAUGGUGAUAAGGUCGCCGGACGGAACAGAGACCUUGAGGCAAGAGUUUGGCGUUGAGAUUCCUUUUCAAGUGGCUGAGGGUGAAGGAGUGCCGCCGAAGGUGCUCGUUCCCAUUGCGAACGGCUCGGAGGAGAUGGAAGCAGUGAUCAUCAUCGACGUGUUGAGGCGUGGCGGCGCUAAUGUCAUUGUCGCUUCCGUGGAAGACCAACUCCAGAUAUCGGCGUCACGAGGGGUGAAGAUUGUUGCUGACUGCCUGAUUUCUAAGUGUGCAAACAGUGUCUUCGAUCUCAUCGUUUUGCCGGGUGGCAUGCCAGGUGCAGAGAGGCUCAGGGACAGCGAAGUUCUGUCUCAACUCUUGAGGCAGCAGGUGGAGAGUCAGCGUCUGUAUGCUGCUAUAUGUGCAGCCCCUGCUGUUGUGCUCCAACCGAAGGGAUUGCUGGAGGGACGGCGGGCGACAGCUCAUCCGGCGUUCGUGAACAAGUUGGUAGACCGCUCGGCAGUCGACACACGCGUUGUCAGCGACGGCAUCGUUCUUACCAGUCGCGGCCCUGGAACCGCAAUGGAAUUUGCUCUGGCCCUCGUCGAGCGCCUGUUUGGGUCGGAGCGUGCUGCCCAAGUCGCACGGCCGAUGGUGAUUUCCAGGUCGGUUCUUCCGAUAACUGCUUAGCAAUGUCUGUAUCUGCUUAGCAAUGUCUAUUUCGUUCACAGAUUGACUGGCUGGUAGCGAAUGUUUAUAGGUUUUCGGGAGAGGUGGGGGGGGCUUCUUUUCAUGACGGUUUUGAACCUUUCACCAUUUAUGGGAGACAGAGAGAUACACUGCCUCCCAUGUGUAAAAGAUAUUCUAGUGAUCGAUGUCGUGGGCAUGAGAUUAGCGUCAACUUAGGGUAUAGUUUGGCAGCUUGAAUGUUGUCUGAGGUAUUGGCCAGAUUCUUGAUAUGGGGUAUGUCCUGGGCAGUUUGGUAGCAAGGGAAGGUGUUUGUCGCAGUAUAUAGCCUCCUCCUGACGAGUCGGUGAUAACUCCGACUUAACAGUUUGCCACAGCCCCUCGUUUGUUGUCCUCUUCGCCCCCUCUGCCUACGGUUAAUUCGGCAGCUCUGUUUGACGAUAUAUUAGGGGAAGUUGUGGUGAUUCGAACCCACGUCAACGACAAGGAGAAGUGUAGCAGAUGCAAAGACCUAACCGAUUACUGACGACCGCGGACUUGUUAUUGGCGUGUGUGGAUAUAAAGAAAGGGAAGAUUGGAAAAGUCUAUUUUAGUAUUUUCCUGUUGGGCUCUUAAAAAGUUUUUCAAGUAAGAAAGAUCGAAGCUGUCCGCGGGCCCUUUACUCCCACUGGUAAUUGUUUGCUGUCGGCGCCAGGAUGGGAGAUGAUUGAUGUGUUCAGGAGGUGUGUGGACUGAUUAUACUAUCGAGCCCGCGUGUGUGAUGUUACUCGAUCAAUCUGGCAUGGAUUUCUAGUAGACACUAGAAAGGUGUUUGCAACUUUGCAUGUGAUAUGAGUUCAUAUAACACAUGCUCUUCAAGUGUGUCUGGUGCCCUGUUCAAGUAUGCUGCAGAUGAAUUCUGCUGGGCAAGUCCAUUCUUUUCAUGUAAUGCAGUUAAAUGAACCAGUGAGAACAGC